UGAAUCUCAUAGUCCUUGCUGUCAUAACCACCUUUCCUGUUAUUUAUCAUUUAUAGCAGCCACCAAAUAAUAUGCUUUAUGGUAAAUAUAUGCUAUAAACUGGCACAUUAAGGCACUAGUAUUACAUUAUUGGAUCUUAAGGACACUGCUAUACCUUUCAGACUAGAUAUACACCUUUCCUCAGACAGUCUCCAUUCUUAAACCUCAAGGCAAAGCUUCACUGGAAUGUUCAGAUGUUCUUAUUUUGUCUUAUAGUCAUGGAGACUGUGCGUAAGAACAAGGUCUUUCUCAUCGACACUCUGUCCACUGAUGCCAGCGUCGUUUUACAGCACGUCCAGAGUGACAGCAUCAUCACCAGGCGUGACUACAACAAUCUUAACCAGCCCAAUCACACACAGGAGAAGAUCAUCAUUAACCUUCUGGAUACUGUGAUGAACAGGGGUGAUGAGACCUGUCAGAAAUUUCUGAAGCUGUUGGAGAAAAAAGAGCUUCAGGAGAAUUUCCCUCAGCUGAAGAAGCUCUUCACCCCUGAUCAAACAUCAGCAGAGAGAGAGAGAGGUCCAGACAUGCCACAUGUGAAAAAACAGAGCAAAGGUGCUGAGUUUGUGGAUAGACACAGAGAUACGCUCAUACAGAGAAUUUCUUCAGUAAUGGAGAUAGCAGAUCGUCUCCUAACCAAGAACAUGAUUAGUACUGAAAUGUACAGUACAGUCAGUGCAGCAGCUACGCCGCAGCACAAAAUGAGGACCUUGUACGGAUUUCUCAACUCCGGAGCUGUGAAAGAAGAAGUUUAUCAAAUCCUGAGGGAGAAGCAACCUUAUUUAAUGAAGGAUCUAGAGGGUUAAAGGAAAAUUUCACACACUCUGAAAUGGGAAUUCUAUUUUUGUUCAUUUUGUGGAUGAUUUCAACAGAAUUAUACAGAAUAUAACUGACCAUUUUUAUGAUCGAAGUAUCUAAAUAUACAAAACCAUUACUAUUUUUGUAUACUGUUUUAAAAUUUGGGAACAUUCUGGAUUUUUAGCAGUAAAUAAAUCUAUAUUGUUGUAUCUAGUUGAAUAUUUACAAUUAAUGACGAAUGUAAGAAUUUUAUUGAUAAUUAUCAUAACCUUUUAGUUUAGUUUAUUAACCUUUUAGUCCUGGUUUCACUUUCUUUGUACUGUUAUGAAGUUUUGAUACGUCAGGGUUAACAACAACAGAUCUAGCUCUAAUUAUGAAGAAAUUUUCAGUUAUAUAUUCCAAGUUAUACGUUCAUGCUUGAGCAAGAUAGAAUAAUUUUGUUACCGUAUAAUCAGGGUUCCUAUUUUUUAUUUUCUAGAAUUAUUAGAACCUCUAUAUAUUUAACUACAUCUCUUUUUUCCCAAGUGGAUCUGAAAGGUGGAGGGUUACUCAACACUGAGGUUUGGUUUUUAAUUACAUUUUGAAAUCUUUGCUUCAUGUUCCGGUCUUCAUCGUGCACCUACUGUAGAUGGGUGAACUUAUUUUGGGGGAAUGUGGGUGUUGGAGGGAUUAAUAUGCUUAGUGAGAGUCAUCUCUAUAAAUUAGAAGGCUGUACAUGACCAUGCAUGGCACAGGUUGCUGAAGGAGGAUUGUACAUGUGUUGAGAAGUUUGAACUGAAGUGGUAAUAUCUUGUCUGUGUGCAUGAAGCUUCAUUAAACUCAUAUAAGCCA